AAAGUUCCAGUUUAUUCAAACUGAAUUCAAAUCAUUGUGUAUCGCAUACUUGCAUCUCAUGGAUCGGAAUCUCACCACAUCUUCCAAAAGCCGCUAGCUAGUUAGCAGCAAAUAAGUCCUCGGAUUGCCAUUCCUGCCAUCCUUGAAGCAACAUGAACAACGUGGUCAGCAUGGCGCCACCCCCACAUAGCGCAGCCGAGAAAGCCUUCCUUGGCCCAAUCCCAAAGACGACCAACAAGUCCGUCUAUAUUCGCUUCAAGACGUUCUUCGUGCAAGAUGCCAAAACGAAAGGCCGGAAUCCUUCCAAUGCGAACGUUAUUAGGUCCGAAUGGGACAAGGUCAAGCAUCGAGUGAACCUCAACACCGAACAUUGUAUCGAGGACAAAGAGAACCCGAACCAACAGUUGUGUAUUUGGCUGCAUCAAGCAAAGCAGGAUAUGAAAGCCGACAAGGAGGCAAACGAAAAUGCCUUGUUGGAGUGGAGCAAAGCGUUCAAUCAAGCUGCCCCCUCGUAUCUUCAGUCACUGGUUGACAAGCCCAGGAACGUGUAUCAAGCGGAUGAUCUCUCGGGGGCCAUCAAGAAGGCUCAAAGUGCAAUCAAGGUUUGGCCAGAGGCAGCGGGAGAAGUCCUCUUCUCGUCCCAGCUGGAGGCAGCCAACCGUUUGUUGAAAGACCUCUGUUUGGUUCGAGAUGCCAGCCAACUGUGUACGAACCUUUGCAGACUGAGCCCACAAGGCAUGAUGGCACAUGCCAGAGAGUUUGUCCAACUCAAACAAGAGGUUGCAGAGCUUCAACACUUGAAAGCAGAGAAAGACGAAACGGAUGAGGAGUACCGAGCCCUGGCAGACAAGUUGAAGCCCGAGAUUUGUCGCCAUUUAAAGAAGGAGAUGAGGUACGAGCCAUCUCUCAAGGAAGGCUGGAAAACCAUCACGUACCGCCGCGGUGGGGUUACUCCCGAGAUUUUUCAGCAGGCGUUCGACUUGCCAGAUGCAAAGACCAAGGUAGCCACCAUUCCCAACAGCGAAAUUGAUUCAAAGGCCCUUCGCUUCGGAGCCCAUUUGGAAUACCACUCUAUCGUUGCCAAACUGCAAGGGACGGAUCUUUCGGUCAUUGGCAAGUAUAUCAUGACUCGUUGAAGGAUUGCAAGGAGUUGUCGUGUUGGGCUCUUCAAACCUUCCCCGUUCUAUUGCUGUUGGGAUCUUUCGUCGUUACCGUAGGCCAUAAAACUUCAUAAAGUCAGCUGUGUCAAGUUGUCCACUAGCUAGUGCGACCACCCAUGUCUCCAUAUUUUUCGGGGUUGUCCGAUGGUGCUUAGUCGCCCCACAACAGUGUCUUCCCGUU